UCGAUCCCAGGCCGAUCCGUCUCUAAUUGAACGCUAGGUCGCCUCCUCGGCCUGGUAUUGAUUGUAUCUGGGCGUGUAUCUGGGCGUGCUCUUAUUGGCUCCACCUCGCUCAGGUAUUCGCUAAAAAAGAGCGAAUUCCUGAGCGACUUAACACUAAUGGUGUAUGUAUGAGCACCUACUCCGUAAAAGUAAUUGUAAUCUCAUGAAUAGCUCCGUAAAGCUAGCUAGCUACUACUAUGGCAAUUUCAACGUCUUUUGAUAUCCAAGAAGCAUUAGCAUAUGCACUGUCUUGUGUGAAGCAAGAAGGACUGAUCCUCAAGGAACAGCAGGUCCGUGCUCUCAAGCUCCUGUCAGAAGGAAGGGACGUUUUUGUGUGGUUCCCAACUGGGUAUGGCAAGUCUCUGUGCUAUCAAUUGCUACCCUUCUUGAUGGACUACAAGCUUGGUAGGACUAAGGGUCUCUUGUCGCCAGAAGUGUAGUUCUUGUCAUCUCUCCCCUUGUGUCUCUCAUGAUUGACCAGGAGUCUGAACACUAGAGGUGUUUCUGCUGCCAUCCUCAGUAGUAAUAAGGGAAUCGACAGAAGUCUUGUUGCCACUAACAAAGAUGUGUCGGAUGGAAAGUACCGUCUGCUGUUCACUGCCCCAGAGGCUGUUGUUGAAGACUAUCGUUGGAGGAUGCUAUUACUAGAGCCUCCACUCAAUUCCUCUUUAGUGGCAAUAGCUGUGGACGAAGCACACUGUGUUUACAAGUGGAGCUCUGACUUUCGUCCUGCCUAUGCACACCUAGGUGAGCUUAGAGCAUUUGCCCCUCCUGGUGCUCCAAUAUUGGCUGCAAACUGGAUAGUUUCUGACCUACCCUCUAGCUCCACAGCGAUUGCAGAUGAUGUCGAGGCACUGGCAUUAUGUGGACCAUCAAUGAGUAAAAGCAAGCCUUUUUCCUCGAACCCCGAUGGUACUCCUCUUUGCUGAUGGACGCGAGCUCACAGUGAAAGGAGAUGCGUCGGAACCACUCGUGUCCUUAGUCCUUUUCUUAGGGGCUGAUCUUACUGGACUACUAGGGAGCUGCUCUUUGGACACUUGUUUCUGGUAGCUACGUCUGGCCAGGAGCCUGAACACCUCUAUGGACUCUAUCUUCUUGAUACAAGAAAGACAGACAAUCUUUGACAGGCCAUCUGAAUCACUAACAGGCAGAUCCAAUGCAAGACUGAGCCUCCCUGGAAUAUCUUCUUUGAGAGCCUUACUGCUGAACAAAUGUUUAUAUCUUCUGUUUUGUAUGGCAUCAGUGCUGCAACAUAACCUACAAAGAACAAACUUAGAAGCCAUCAUUAAUUUUUUUAUUCAAUUUUCAUUUGACCACAUGGACUAAUAAUAAUAAAGAAGUCACGCCCAGAUACAAUCAACCAGGCCGAGGAGGCGACCUAGCGUUCAAUUAGAGACAGAUCGGCCUGGGAUCGAGGCUAAUACUGUAGGUUCAACAAUACAUGCAGUUGCUAAAAAAAACCCAACAUGCAUGGUUUUUGUCAUUUUGAUACCACACUGCUUUUUUGCUUUUUCAUGAUCAGUGUCUGUCAGAGAGUUGUUGAUUUUAUGGUGUAUUAAAAGUUCCCAGGAUCCCAUAUCUGUUAGGAAUUCAUAGCAUGUUGGUGUCUUGGUAACUGCAUCCUUUUUGAAAUUAUGAAUCAUCAAUAAUGACAGUAGUACACUCUUUUGAAGUAGAGUCAAACCACUAUAAUACAUCAUUAAUUAUACAUUAAAUAGAAACUGAGAUUGUUGUCUAAGAUGGGGAUACCAAAGCUAACUUCCUACAUCAAGAAGACAGAUCUUAUUGUGCAAACAAAUAUCAGGAAUAUGUCAAGUAUUGUCAUUGAUGGCUAUGCUUUGUGCUAUAAGCUUCAUCUUGGAGUUGAAAGUGGAGAUUACUGUCAAUUUUAUGAAAAGGUUACCACUUUUCUUUCAGGCUUGAAUCGUGAAAUAGAAGUGUAUGUUGUCAUAGAUGGUGUUGACUACGAAAAUAGAAAAAUGGAAACCGACAGACGUAGAGAUGUACAACGUCUUCAGAAAUUGUGGCGGGUUGAUUCUCGAGUCGAAGAGCUUUCACCUUACGAGAUUGUUAUCUCUUUCAUGGCCAAGACCGUGUUUAUGGAUGCUGUUUGUGAUUCCUCAGUGAAAUACUUCGUCGCUGAUGGUGAAGCAGAUCGGGACGUCGUCUCUCUUGCAAAUCAUCUUCGUUGCCCUGUAUUUGGCUCUGAUUCCGACUACUUCAUUUUCAACAUUGAAGGUGGGUACAUUCCCAUUGAUGAUGGUAGAGGUGGAGUAACAAAUCUGCAUGGAGUAGUGCCUUGCUUUAAUUAUCAUUCAUUUGAUUCUGCCUACAACCUCAGCUCUGAUGCUCGUCUUCUGAUACCCUAUUGUGUUGGAAAUGAUUUUCAUGGUUCCAACGCUCUCCCUGAAUUACAGAUUGAACAAGAUUCUUCGGUAGGAAAUGUUGUCUCGAAACUUGCAGGUAGAGUGAAUUUUGAUGAUUUCCAGAACAGAGUUGCAGAAGAUUACAAGUUUUAUCGUGUAGAUCCUCACUCGUUUGAAGAAUUAUCUCAGUCUAGGUUUUUAAGUGGUUUUAACCCCUUAGUCCCUGAGUGGGUCGUAAUGCAAUUUAAAGUAGGCCAGUUCUCGCACAUUUCAAUGAGAUUUCUUGCAAGCAAGGAUACUAAAACCUGGAAGUACACUAUAGCCAUCGAAGAUGUGACUAAAGAAUCCGCUUCAGAGGUGACGAAUACUGUCUUUCCGUACAUUGCUGGUGCACUGCUCAGCCUUGAAAAAUGCCAAACUCCUCCUGUACGAGUUUACCGCAAGCCAAAGUCAUUUGAGUUUGAAGCCAAUGAAGUUGCUCUGUCAGAUAGGCACAGGAAUAUUCUUGGCUCGUUUAACUUGCUGAAUAUCCGAGAUUGUCCCUCGGAAGUUCGUGAGAUGAUCCUUUUACAAGUCUUCCACUGCAAGUCUGUGUGUAAGACGCUACGGAAAAUUCCAGACGAGUUGAAGUUAGCAGUAGUUGCUAGCAGAUGUUGGUUAAAGAGCGUCAUUCACAGCAUUGAUCAUCAAUUCAAGGCUUUCAUUCUUGCACUAGUUUUCUGCUUUCACACGUGCUAUUCUAGAUCAGAGUUUCAAAUUCCCCUUAUCUUGAAUCAAAUGGGACGCCCUCGCAGGAUCCACCACUUAGCUCAGUGGGAACGUAUGAUGCAUCUAGUGAUUGAUUUUAAUCAAAUCCUCGGCUCUCCUUUUCCCUACACGAGUCUUGGUCAUCUGUUUUCUACGACAGUAUUUCUGAAUUUUUUUACGAGCCAACCCGACUUUCUCUACUCUAAACUUGACGAAGAAGGUAGAGAUAUGUACGAUGCAAUAACGAAAAAACUACUCCCUGGCGCACCAGUUGAACCUGUUCGUCAAGCCCAAGUUGUACGUGCUCCCAGACCGCAAGCAAUUGUAACUCAGAAUAGGUUUGCUCAGCUGUCUUAGUUUAUUGUGUGUGCAUACAUGGUAGCAGUUCAUGCAGUUGUGUAAUAGUGCGUGCAUGUGUGUUUACAAUAGGUAGGUUUCCUUGUAUUUAUUGCAUGGGAUGUUUCAACAAGACGCAAAACUUUCGGCACACUGUAUAUAUAUAGAUAAAACACUUAUAGAGAAUAAUUUAUAUCACUGUUGUUUUUCUUGUGAACAAGUUUCAGUUACCUUCCUUUAGUAAAACUUUAUAUUUUAUUUUGCUGCAUGCAUGCAUGCAUGCGUACAUGUAUAUAAUUAUGAUGAUGAUGAUUGUGCAU